AUGUCAUCUUCUCACGGCCAAUCUCUGUGGGAGCCGGUGGUCACCUUCACCGUCCUUCUGCCCCCCAUUGAGCAAUACUCGAUGGCAGGGAAGAGCAGUGAAGGAAGCAACUGGGCUCUCCACGAUCCUAACACUUAUGCCAGCUGCAAGAACCACCAGGAGCGACAGGAGGUCGAGCAGUGCCUGGCCUGCGGCAACCCUUCCACCCGGAAGUACCGCUGCCACUGCAAGGCGGCCAGGUACUGCUCAGCCCAGUGCCUCGAGGCUGACGACCUCCAUCAGCGGCUCUGUGUUGGACGUCAAGAUGCCAAGACCAAGCCUGCCUUCAGCCUUCCGUUGGAGAGUCGGCCAUCCGAAAACCACUACCUAGCGGCGCUCCUUCCUGUCGAUGGAACGGAUCCAAAGGCCAUCUGGAUCUCUCUUCAGAUGGACCGCAAGACUGGCAAGAUGAGUUUUGCUACCGACGAGAUCACCAUUGCGAAGGCGGCUGCCAAGUCCGACGAUAGCUCAGACCCUGACAUCAUCCACGUCGGUCUGAACUCGGUCGCGAGUCCCAUCCAGAAGAGCCUAGCUCACGGUGUUAACGCCAUCAAGUUCGGUUCGUACAAGGAUACUUCACCCGGAAAUCUCAAUCGCUGCGUUCAGAGCUUCGGCAGGCCUGGCUUCCUGGCCUGUUACUUCGGCGCUAUGGUGAUCUGGGCGUACGACCUCGAGACCAACGGAGCUUUCAAGUCGCCUCGCGACUUGGGCGUGCGCGACCUGCGUCAUGCUUUGGACUGCCACGUCCUCAAUUCUGUCAACCCGGCCGUCUCUCAGCCUAGUCGAUUCAUCUUCGAGGGUGGUGUCAUCCCGGCUCUCAAGAUCAACGAUCUCUCGGAUCGUUGGUUGGAGGCUCUGGGCGUUACUCGCCAGAUCGAGAAGGUUUGCGGAAAGCAGAUCGAGCCUGCGCACCUCACUGCCAUCAUCGAAUACUUCAAGCUCGCCAGUGCCUCGGGUACCCCGACGACCGAGAAGGCAUUCCGCGCAUAUUGGGACUACUUCAAGAAGAGCGAACUGAUGAAAGGCCACCCGAUGGCUGGAAUCCCUUCGCCUUAUAACCUUGAGACUGGCCAUAGCCAUGACCCCAACUCUGCGGGUCUUGUAACCUUGCUCCAAGGUUACAAGUCCUACGAGGACUUUGUUGGGCAGGCCCCAGUCGCCAAUGAACACGUUGACGGUGGUCUCAACGCCCCGAAGGGCGAGAUCGCAGGAGCCAGUCCGGUACAAGGCAUCGAGCAGACACUUGGCUUCCCGGCUGAGCGAACUUGA